GCGAAAACCGACCCUUGGGGUCCGCGUGUGAAAAAAGAGCCACGCGGCGAGAAAGACUCUUCCGGCUUGGGGCGUAGCAUCCAUCUUGCGAAAAAAGAGCAUGGAAAAGCAUGACUCUGCCGCGUACUCCUAAAAGCGGGAAAAGGAAGAAGAAGAACACGCCCAAGAAGAAUCCAGAAGUGGAAGAACACGAAAGCGGUGACGACACGGAAAAAGAAGUGACCCCGGUAAAGAAGCAACUGGAAGAGCAGCGUCGGAAGCAGAAAAUUCGAGAAAUGGAGGAGCAACUCAACGCACUUGUUCGACAGCGGGAGGCGAUGGAGAGCAAGCUGAAGCGGUUGCAGACGGCGCUCAAGACCAGCGUGGCUGCGCCGAACCCGAACUUGCGCAACGGACACUUCUUGAAGCAGCAAUUAAGCAACGCGAGAGACUGCUUCUCGAAGUUUGGUGAGUACCAGGGUCAAAUCCACGCGAUGCCUCUGAACGCAGACCAACGAACGCUACACGAAAGAAGCGAGCUGAACUUUGAGACGUUGUACGACAAGGUGUGCAUCGAUCUCAACGAAUACCUCGAGAGACUCGAGAAACCUGGGGUCGCUGCUCUAGUUCCGGCAGCUCCUACCAACGUCGGUGUGCAGCAGGUUCUUCCGCCGUUGAGUGUACCACUCCCGAAGUUCGACGGCACGUUUGAGACAUGGUACUCGUUUAAGUCUAUGUUCCAGAACAUAAUGGCACGAUACACAAACGAGGCACCAUCAAUCAAACUGUACCACCUCCGGGACGCACUGAUUGGAAGGGCAGCCGGCGUGAUUGACCAGGAGAUGGUCAAUAACAAUGACUACGACGCGGCGUGGGCUCUUCUUGAGGAGUUGUAUGAGGACAGACGGGCGAUCAUCGAACGGCACAUUGAGAACAUCUUCGCCAUGCCAAAGAUCACCCGCGACAACACCGCCGAGCUUCGAAAAGUGAUUGACGUCUGCGUGAAGAACAUCGAAGCUCUCAAGAAGUUGAACCUUCCAGCCAACGGACUAGGGGAGCAGAUGGUAGUUAGCCUGCUGGUCUCGAGAAUGGACAAGGACAUGCGCAGAGCAUGGGAAGCAAACCAGAAGGCGGGAGAGUUGCCGACCUACGAGGCCACGAUCGUGUUCUUGAAGGAGAAGCGCAGAAUCGCGGAUAAGCUGGAGCAGAACAGUGAAAGUGAAAAAGUGAAACCGCAACGGUCGGUAACAAAAACGAAGACCCUGGUGGUGGCCAGCGAGGGAAGUGUUCAGUGUGCAACCAGGACCAUGAAGUGUUAA